CGAACGGCCUGCUAGCUCAACCUUCCAAUUUUAGCCUGCCGUCAAAGGUCAAAAGGCGAAACCUGGCUCUCCUGGACGUUUACUUGUAGACGCUUUCAAUCUGUUGAAGAAUACUGUACAGAAAAUCGAAGUACCGUCAGUUGAAGGCUCAACGGUGUUUGUCAUUGGAGAUGCGCAGGCCCGUCUGCAAGGUAAACGAAUUGAAGUCCGAUCAACAAAUACCGCUGAACAGAUUGCUUCUGUAUUUUGCGUAGCGACUUUGUUCGUAUUAUGCAACCCGGAUAAGAUUCGAUCUCGCAAUGAUACUACUGCAAUAGGUCACCAAGCUCACAAAUGGCCACUAACACUGGCAUGCGGUUACGGUAGCCAAAUACCAUCGAAUCGCAUGUUGCAGUCUCGAGAUACCGAAGGUGGGUAUUUGCAAAUUCUGACUUUUGGGACUCGAACUGACUCCAUUAAUGGCGGCCAUGUGCGGUCCAAGCGCUAUUGA